UACAACCUUUUCAUUUCCGAAAUAAGCGCCAGUCCAAGCGCACGUACCAUGAAGAAAACAUUACUCCAGGCUGUCUUGCAGGCACAAAAACUUCGUUAUUGCGAUUUUUGAGGGAGGAUUGUACAUUGUUCGCACAAAGCAACUGCAUUCUUCUAGCGGCAAAUAGAAUAUGAAGAGAGAGAGCGAACAGUCAAUGCAAUUUGGAAACGAGAGCGUAUUGUUUACCUACAAACUCAUCCCUGUUGUUCACCUGGCGUAUGGACGAACAGCAGAAACUUUUCCUUGUCUGCCAAAACAAAACAAGUCGUUAAAGUGAGCACACGUACAGCUGUAUUUUAUUUAUGGAAUAACGGCCAGAGAUUCGCAAAUUAAAUUAAAUUAAUAAUACUUCGAUUGGAAAGUAGGAAAAAUGGUUGAGGGCGGCAGUUUGAUUGUUUGCUAUCGGAAGCAAAUAAGUAACAUACAUUACGAGGCCACAAAUCGUUACGAACAGAUCAUUAAGUUGAUUAUUCAGCGCUUCAAUAUUCCCGCCUCGCAUGAGACAGCUCUGCUGAUCUCCACCGAAAACGGCAGAAUUUUUGAUAAGUUGCAGUUCGACUACUUUCUCACGCUAUUCCCGAACCCCACCAGGGUUUUCUACAUACGUUAUGAUUACAAUCGUGCAGUCGACAUCUUGCAGUCAACGCAACCGCAAGAGGAAGUUGCAAAAACAACAAUAGAGAGUUGUGAUAUUCAAGUAAAAAACAAAAGUGAGAACCCAGCUAGUGAAGAUGAUGAUCAAUGUGCAUCGAAGUUUACACCAGUAUAUCGUAUGAAUUGUUUCAUCUACGAAUAUCCCACAACAGCUAUCAAAUUAGCAAAUGACAGCGCUAAGAAGCAGAAAGCUAAUGUGAAGAAACAGUCACCGCGUAGCGAAUUUGUGAAGCGCGUGAAAAAGCGUUUGCAAAUGGGUGAAUUGAAAAAGCGUACAAUGAAGCCUUUGGCGCAAGUAAAGCGCUUUAUGCGGCUAUAAGCGGGAGGAUAAAGAGCCUAGCAAUCUAUGACUAGUGUAUUAUUAUUUAGAAUUAAGGUUUGUAAAAUUUAUUUUUCCACAAACAUUUUUUUUUUUCAUUUUUGCAGACUGUAUACGACUAUAUAGUAUAUAUUUAUUCUUAGUUAUUAAAUUAAUUUAAAUUAAUGAACUGAUUUAAUCAUAUACUCAACCAAGCAAGCAAAGCAAUCAAAUUAUUGUGUACAUACUUAUAACACUAUACAUAUUAUAUAUAUAAUAAUUUUUACCGCUUAAGUGUUUUAUUUAAUUAUUAUUAUUUUUUGUAAAUCAACUUUUUUUCACUUCAUUUUGUAUAUCAACGUUAAAAAACUUAUACCAAAUAAAAACAAAAUAU